ACUACUUCUAAACAUUAGCUAUUCAUUCUUCCUUUGUUGCCUCCUUAAUUUUUUAUAAAGAAAAUGGCAAUGAUCCCUCGAAAGAUGCAAUCUAGGGCUAGUCGCCAUAUUUUUUCAUCAUCCAAUGAUACUACAUUGACCAAACAUAUAUGUGCCACUCAUGCUCCUGUUGAUGGUCUCAUUCAUAUUAGACCUCUUCUCAAUGUUGUUCAAGACAUUUUUCAUUGUGCUGCCUCUCUCACCCAUCCCAUUGUUGAGGCAUAUGGACAACAAGGGAAAAUGAGUUUCAUGAAGGACAAUAUCCACCAAUCUGAUGUAGCUGACCUACAAGAUAUAUUGUACCACACAAUCAACAAACUUUCUUGCGAGAUAUGUUGCAAGUGUUCAUAUGGAGAAGAUGUACAUGCCACAACCAUGGGAAUACUAGGCAUGCUCUCAAGUUAUUCAUGGGAUGCAAAGGUGGUGAUAGCAUUAGCAUCAUUUGCAACCAACUUUGGGUUGUUUUGGUUGGUGGCUCAACUUUAUACCACCAACCGUCUUGCUAAGUCUGUUGCAAUGUUGAAGCACAUCCAUCAAACACUGGAACAAAGGGAGGAUUUAGGAUUGAAGUUCGAAACAAUCAACAACCUUCUCAAGGCAACGUUGGAUGCAACCAAUUACAUAGUCCAAUUUCAUGAGCUUCCCUCUCAAUAUAUUGACCCUGAGGCACCAGAGAUGUUUAUUGCCUCUACUCUUAUUCCUAGUGCUGUCUAUUGGACCAUUCGAAGUAUUGUGGCUUGUGCAUCGCAUAUUUUAGGCAUAACUGGCUUGGGUCAAGGAUACGUUAUAUCAACAUUAGAAUCUUGGGAGCUUUCUAGUUUGGCCCAUAAGCUUGAUAACAUAAAUAGCCACCUUCGAAAGCAACUCGUCAUUUGUCAACAACUUUUAGAUGAGAAUAAACAGAGAGAAGUAUUUGAUUCACUUUGGAUCCUUUUUGAGACACCCCACCAAGAUAAUUUUAAAGUUCUCAAAGCUUUGAUUUCCAGCAAGGAUGAUCCAUUACCACUUCUUGAUGGUUCUUCCAAACAAAGGGUUAGCAUUGAGGUAUUGAGGAAGAAAAUGGUGUUACUCUACAUAACAGACCUACAUAAUGUCUCUGAACAAGAGAUUGUGAUUUUUGAACAAAUGUACCUAGAGUCACGUGAGGAUUCAUUCAGGGUAGAGAGUCAAUACGAAUUGGUUUGGAUUCCAAUUGUGGACAAGGCAAUCCCAUGGUCUGAAGUGAAACCAAAGUUUAAAAAACUACAAUCAAUGAUUUCGUGGUACUCACUUUUUGACCCUUCUCUUAUGGAGUCUGCAACCAUUAGGUACAUUAAGGAGGUAUGGCAUUUCAACACGAAGCCAAUCCUCGUAGUGUUGGAUCCACAAGGGAAGGUAGUGAAUCUUAAUGCAAUACCCAUGAUGUGGAUUUGGGGAAGCUUAGCAUAUCCUUUCUCGAGCUCAAAGGAAGAAGCACUAUGGAAUGAGGAAACAUGGGGGCUUGCACUAUUGGCUGAUACAAUUGAUCAGUCACUUUUGGAUUGGAUGUCGGAAGGCAAAUAUAUAUGCUUGUAUGGAGGGGGUGACAUGGAGUGGAUCCGCCAAUUCACAAGCACUGCACAUUCAUUGGCGAAAGCUCUGCAACUACCACUAGAGAUGAUUUAUGUGGGGAAAAGUAAUCCAGGGAAAAAAGUUCAAGAACUCAACAAUAACAUACAAAAAGAAAAUCUGAGCAACGUACUUCCAGACCUCGCCAUAAUUUGGUUCUUUUGGGUUAGGCUAGAGAGCAUGUGGCAAUCCAAAUCACAGCAGAAUAAAACAGUAGAGAACGACCAUAUAAUGCAUGAAGUUAUGAGAAUCCUAACCUACGACAGUGGUGACCCGGGAUGGGUCGUAAUGAGUCAAGGUACAGGAAAAAUGAUACAGGGCAUGGGAGAUGCAUUUUUAAGGUGCUUGUAUGAUUAUGAACAGUGGAAGGACAAGGCACAAGAUAAAGGACUUUUACCAACAAUGGAUGAUUAUAUAAAAGAAAUCCAAAUCCCACACCACUGCAAUCGCUUGAUACUACCAGGAACUAGUGGCGGAAUACCAGACACAGUGACCUGCGCUGAAUGUGGCAGAAAAAUGGAAAAGUUCUACAUGUAUCGUUGUUGCAACGAGUGAGAACCUAGCUUAAUCACAACAUGAAUCUGUUAGAUUAAUAAAUCCUAGCUUACUUAAGGUCUUCAAUUCAAGUGCUUGACAUAAACAUAUGUUUUCAUUGUCAUAGCUUAUGUACUAAACUAGUUCAAGUCAUUUCUCCUAUAUAUUAUGUAAAGUGCUCUGCCAAUUGAUGACUUAU